UGACCUUCGAUUCCAGGAGUCACGCUCUUAUCGGUUGUUGUCGACGGCAAUUGCCUAAUCUCGUCUGAUCCGGCGGCAAUGGCCUCCCGCCGCCUCCUCGCCGCUCUCCUCCGUUCCUCGUCCGCUCGCCGACCCACGCUCGCCCGGCUCUCACCAUCCCCCUCCCCGCCCCGUCGCCCCUCCCCCGCCGGGUACCUCCUUCACCGCGCCACCUGCUUUGCCACUGCCGCCGCGGCUCCGUCUCCACCGGCUCCGCCUCCUCCCCCCAAGGCGGCAGCCGGGCCCAGCGGAAAGAUCACGGACGAGUUCACCGGCGCCGGCGCGAUCGGGAAGGUCUGCCAGGUGAUCGGCGCCGUCGUCGAUGUCCGAUUCGACGAGGGGCUGCCGCCGAUCCUGACGGCCCUGGAGGUGCUCGACAACCAGAUCCGUCUCGUCCUCGAGGUUGCUCAGCAUCUGGGCGAGAACAUGGUGAGGACGAUCGCCAUGGAUGGGACCGAAGGGCUCGUCCGUGGGCAGAGGGUUCUGAACACUGGCUCUCCCAUCACUUUACUUGUUCAGGUACCUGUUGGUAGGGCUACCCUUGGCCGCAUUAUGAAUGUUAUUGGGGAACCGAUAGACGAGAAGGGUGAAAUAAAGACAAACCAUUUCCUUCCAAUCCAUCGUGAGGCACCUGCUUUUGUUGAACAGGCAACAGAACAACAGAUUCUUGUUACGGGCAUCAAGGUUGUGGAUCUUCUGGCACCUUAUCAAAGGGGUGGAAAGAUUGGUUUGUUUGGUGGUGCUGGUGUGGGGAAAACUGUACUUAUCAUGGAAUUGAUCAACAAUGUUGCAAAAGCUCAUGGUGGUUUCUCUGUCUUUGCUGGUGUUGGCGAACGAACUCGUGAGGGAAAUGAUUUGUACAGGGAAAUGAUUGAGAGUGGUGUUAUUAAGCUGGGAGACAAGCAGAUUGAGAGUAAGUGUGCUCUUGUAUAUGGGCAAAUGAAUGAGCCCCCUGGUGCUCGUGCACGUGUUGGUUUGACAGGGUUGACAGUCGCUGAACACUUUCGAGAUGCUGAGGGGCAAGAUGUGCUUCUCUUUAUUGACAACAUUUUCCGCUUCACACAAGCGAACUCUGAAGUGUCUGCUUUGCUUGGUCGUAUCCCUUCUGCUGUUGGCUACCAACCAACUCUUGCUACUGAUCUUGGAGGGCUGCAAGAACGUAUUACUACAACAAAGAAAGGAUCUAUUACCUCAGUGCAAGCUAUCUAUGUGCCUGCUGAUGACUUGACAGAUCCAGCUCCAGCAACAACCUUUGCCCAUCUGGAUGCCACAACUGUGCUUUCACGACAGAUUUCUGAGCUUGGCAUCUAUCCUGCUGUUGAUCCUCUUGAUUCCACAUCCAGAAUGCUUUCUCCGCAUGUGUUAGGGGAAGAACACUAUAAUACUGCUCGUGGUGUUCAGAAGGUUCUUCAAAACUAUAAGAACUUGCAAGAUAUCAUUGCAAUUCUGGGAAUGGAUGAGCUUAGUGAAGAUGACAAGUUGACAGUUGCUCGUGCUCGAAAAAUCCAGCGGUUUCUGAGCCAGCCUUUCCAUGUUGCUGAAGUAUUUACAGGUGCACCUGGAAAAUAUGUUGAACUGAAAGAGAGUGUUAACAGCUUUCAGGGUGUUUUGGAUGGCAAAUAUGAUGAUCUGCCUGAGCAGUCAUUUUACAUGGUUGGAGGUAUUGAGGAAGUCAUCGCAAAGGCCGAGAAGAUUGCUAAGGAGUCUGCAGCAUGAUCUGAGUUUCUUCAGCAUACUCAGAUUUUUUUUUUUCUAUAUAUUCAAUAAUAUCAAUGAUGUAGCAGCAGCGACUGCUGCUUGCACUCAACAAAUUUGCAAUUUUUAGGUUUCGACUCAUUCUUUAUGCUUUAUAGAGCUGGGGAUUUAUAGUUAUUUUGAGAAGAGCACACAUGAUCCUUCCGGGAUACAUUUGGCCCAAUAAAAAAGAUGCAGAAUUUGAUCAUGCAUCUAAAACAUGAACACCAAGCAUGUUGGUGUUCGACCUAUCUCUCAUCAAUUCUUGUAAUGUGUCCAGUGGCUGUAUCCUACCAACUUUGGUUGAAACAUUUUUUUUCGUUUGAUUUGUUAUCUCAUACUUGACCUCAA